AACAAACAAACGCAAACACACACACUCACACUCACGCAUACACACUAUAACACAAACUGUCCUUGGAUUGCACAUUUCUCCUUAUGUUUAAAAGCCCUAAUCAAACCCUCAUUCACUCUUUCCGUAACGAAUUCGAAAUCUCUGUGUCACUCUCUCAACCAUGACUGGCCAACUACCGCCGCAGCCUCGCCGUCUCGACCCCAAAAUCUGGCGAGCAUGCGCCGGCGCUUCCGUUCAAAUCCCCACACUCCAUUCUAGGGUUUACUACUUCCCUCAGGGUCAUAUCGACCAGGCUUCUUCACCUCCUAACAACCUUUCUCCUUUACUCCUCUCUAGGCCUUUCAUUCUCUGCCGUAUCUCCGCCGUCCAAUUCCUCGCCGAUUCAAUCACCGAUGAGGUUUUCGCUAAGCUCCUCCUCCACCCCCUCACUGAUUACUCCGUCGCUCCUCCACGCCUACUUCCUCCUCCUCCUCCCUCCGACGAUGACGACAAGGUCGUCUCGUUUGCCAAGAUUCUUACUCCUUCUGACGCCAAUAACGGCGGCGGAUUUUCUGUACCGAGGUUCUGCGCUGAUUCCAUCUUCCCGCCGCUCGACUUCGACGCCGAUCCGCCGGUGCAGAAUCUCUCCGUCACCGACGUCCACGGCGUCGCGUGGGAGUUCCGCCACAUUUACCGCGGCACGCCGCGGCGGCACUUGCUCACUACUGGCUGGAGCAAGUUUGUCAACAGCAAGAAGCUGGUUGCCGGCGAUUCUGUGGUUUUCAUGAAGAACCCCAGGAAGGAGAUGUUCGUCGGGAUUCGCCGUGCCACGCGAUUCUCUUCCUGCGAUGGUGCCAGAUGGUCUUUUCAGGUUGGCGGGGUGAGAAAUAGGGCUGAAGAGAAGCCUCAGGAAGAGGAAGUAAAGAAAGACGGGUUUUCGAGGAACGGGAAGGGGAAGCUGUCGGCGAAGGCGGUUGCGGAGGCAGCUGAAUUGGCAGCACAAAACUUGCCGUUUGAGGUCGUGUAUUAUCCGAGGACUGGCUGGUCUGAUUUUGUGGUGAAGGCUGAGAUUGUGGACGAAGCAAUGAGUGUUGUGUGGACUCCUGGAAUGAGAGUCAAAAUGGCUAUGGAGACAGAUGAUUCAUCCAGGAUGACCUGGUUUCAGGGUACUGUGUCUUCGGUAUCUGUUCCUGAUAAUGGCCAUUGGCGAGGUUCUCCUUGGCGUAUGCUUCAGGUUACAUGGGACGAACCUGAAGUGUUGCAGAAUGCAAAGUGGGUCAGCCCUUGGCAGGUUGAACUUGUUGCCGCCACACCUCCACUUCAUACACCAUUCCCCCCAACUAAAAAGUUUAGAGCUGCUCAGGGUCCCGUGGUGUUAACUGAUGGAGAGGGAGACCCCUUUUCUAUGACAGGAUUCACUAAUUCAACAAUGAGACACUUGAAUCAAACAUUGUUGAGUUAUGGUACUUUUCCUGCGGGCAUGCAGGGAGCCAGGCAUGAUCUAUUUUCUGCAUCAAAUUUUCCCAACUUUUCAGUUGAUAACUCUCGUCUGUGUAUGGGUAAUUCCUUUGGGAACAACACAGUGCCAAGGCUGAAAAGUUUGUCAACAGAUCUAAAUGUUGGCAGUUUUCAAUCUGAUGACUUGUCACCAGAUAGCCAACACAGUAGUUUGCAUUCCUUUGGCACGGAAUUUGUUAGGAACCACAGCUGCAACUCAACAAAAUCUGGCUCUGUUUCAUUUCAGCUAUUUGGUGCAGUCAUUCAUGCAGAACAGCCUGUUGAAAGUGGUUCGCAUGGUACUGGUUGCACAGAAGAUGAUAGCAGUAAGGGAUGCAAUGAAACUGAAGGCAUUGACAACCCACUGGAUGAUUCUUUGACUUACUCAAAAUUGCUUGACAGGCUUGAUGAUCAAUGCCAAAGAGCCUCGACAGUCGAGGCAUGUUAUUUGUGAAAGUAGUUAUGUCUAUGUCAUGCAUAUAAGUAGCUGUACAGGUAUGCUUAUUUUUGAGUGAACUGAAUUUCUCACCUAGAAACGAAUCAGAUUACAGAACCAGCUAUUGAUGCUUUAUUGACAAAUUUUGUUCUGAAAAGAUGGAUUGUGUUAUAAAUCAAUGGCAUUUAUUGCUCUGUCUAUAAUCUUAUUUGAAUAUACAAUUUUUUUUUUUGAGGCAUUGUUCUGACCAAGAGCUAGGUAAAUUUGAUUCUAUUAUGUUCUAAGUAAUUGAUUAAUAGCUGUACAGGUAUGCUUAUUUUUGAGUGAACUGAAUUUCUCACCUAGAAACGAAUCAGAUUACAGAACCAGCUAUUGAUGCUUUAUUGACAAAUUUUGUUCUGAAAAAAGGGAUUGUGUUAUAAAUCAAUGGCAUUUAUUGCUCUGUCUAUAAUCUUAUUUGAAUAUACAAUUUUUUUUUGAGGCAUUGUUCUGACCAAGAGCUAGGUAAAUUUGAUUCUAUUAUGUUCUAAGUAAUUGAUUAAUUGAUAACAUAGAUUGAGUUUUCCCCCAAUAAGUGUGUGUUAUAUUUAUGAUGCUUCUAUUUCUGGUGGUUUUUAUUGACUUCAAUUAUAAUUUUUUUUGUACAUGACUUCAAUUAUAACUUCUGUUAUACCUUUAGCUUAUUACGGGGUUGUUAAGAAAUUCUGGCCAAAUGUACAGAGCCAAAGUCAUUCAUGCUUUAUUUGCAAUACAUUAAAGUGGAAAACCACAAUGAGAAUUUCAUCUUAUUUAGAUUAUGGCAUCACAUCAUAUUUAACUUAGAUAAUCAGAUGUUAUUACAUUAUUGCUGGGAGGUGACUUGUCUACAUGUUUGCUUACUGUCUGAGUUGAGUAUAAGUUUAAUCAAUGUAGAACAUUGUCUUGUCUAAAUCAUGUUUGAGAAUAAUGCAUCUCACAGCCAAAACUAGUGUACGGCUGAAAUUUUUGGUUGUUGAGUAGGAUUUGCCCCUUUUGAAACUAGCAUAAGCAAUACAUUAAACUCAUGCUUAUUUUGAUUGUUCAGUACUUUGUUGCGGAGGAAAAAAGGUGCAGCUUCUCAUAGCAUGAAAUUCAAUGGUUAAAUCGGGAAUUUGUAAUUCUCGCCUCCCAAGGACUUUACGCAGGCAGGAAGCUGACUACCCUACUGACCUUGCAGUAUGCCGGUUUUCUUUUGUUUGUCUUGUUGAAACUUGGAACAACGAAACUAACUUCGUAAUGUUUGCUAGGGUGUACGAUGAUAAUAUCUGUUUUUUAAUAUUUCUAAGUACUAGUUUUAUUAUCUCUUUUUUCCCCGUUUUGGAUCUUGAGAACUGGAUUGAAGACCUACCCAAUUCAAAUUUUUUACCGAAGAACCACACCACGGGUGGUCUUCAAUCCAAAUAACCAGGAACCAAAGGCUAGUUCUAACUUCUAAGGAAGUAUCUUGAUCCGUGGAACAUUUGACUGUGCCGUGGUAGGAUUUAUGCAUAUUUUGUGGUCUCAAAUUUUGUAUCUUAUUUUUCACAUAAUUUCUGCGCUGUU